AUGGCUGAAGCUGACGACAAGAUUCAAUUUAUCAUGCGGGCUGUUAGGGACUUUCGCCAGCACUUUCCUGGCGAGGAUGGCAAUCAUCAUCCUGGAAACUUUGAAUGUUACAUCUGCUUUCGAGUUCGGUCUCCGGAACUCUUUGAUUUGGCGCAGCCCCUGCAUGCUUACAUUGACCCGCAGGGCAAUUGGCUCGCGCACACUGUCCCUUGCGGCCAAAACGUCCGCUUGUUAUCAACAACCAACGGCUUCGGACCGUGCGAGAUACUGAAGUUCAAACAGCACCUUUGUCGGCCUCAUGGAGUUUCAAAGAGCGAGUGUCGAUUCUUUUGCGCAGACACUUCGAUUGGUCUCUAA